AUGAGUCAGCACUUCACAAGGUGUCCGGAUCUUGACCUUGACCAAACCUGUGAUGCAUUAACCCGCAAGGACCUACAGUUCUGGACAUCGAGAAGGCAGCCGGAUGCCACCGUCGAAGGAUGCACUUGUAUUCUUUGCGACCACGAAGACAUAGGGAUCGAUGACCUCUUUAUAGUAGACCCGUCACUCGAGUUGUUCGCGAACGACAUCCUUGCUGGCGAGGCCACCAACAACACCCUCCAAAUCAAGCCCGAUACUUUCCAAGAACUCAAUGACCCAAACUACCCGAUAGACCUCAAAUGUACUCCCGCAGGUCGUGGCUUCCAAAGGGUAAUCGUGGACGAAUACUACGAGACCGUUGACAGGAUUUUGAUCCGGGACGAUGCCAUGACCCCUGAGCAAUGGUUCCUGGGCCCUGUUCCCGGGUAA